AUAAUAAUAAUAUUCUUGAAUCAUCAUGACCCCCAUUGAACCCAUCAACAUAACCAAAACAUAAAAAUAAUAAUAACAAUAACAGUAGACAUUUAUUAAGUCAUUAAUUAUCGAUUUGCUAUUUUUUUUUUUUGUUAAAUAAUCUUGUUAUUCAGUAUAUUAAUUAAUUUUUAAGUUCAUUUUUGAUUAUUUAAUAUAUCAAAAAAAUAGUGGGAGAAUGUUUUUAAAUGUGUGUGACAUUUUCGAUGGUUCAACACAAAAAAAAAUAUUUGUGAAAGCAGGCAUAUUCAGAAGCAAAAAGACGACAGACAACACAAUAACAACAACGUAGACAUGGAUACACUCCACCUGUCGAUGAGAGCGUGAUUGUUAAACUAUUUUUUAUUCCUCUCAAUUUUACUAUUGUUACUAUUUUUGUAUUUAAAAAAAUUUUAAGACAAACGGUGCUUGAUCAGGUCUUCAAUAGUCAUGGACAUGUUAACAAAUAGUAUCAAGGGCUUCGAAGAUGUCAUUGUUGAUUACAUUGAUGUGGACUUUACUCUCUGGUUAUCUUGGCUCUUGAUGCCUUUGUUAAUCACCUUCCUUUUACCAGUUUUUAUUCUAAUAUUGUUAUAUGUAUCUGCUUUAAUUUUUUACAUCUAUAAAUUACACAGAGUACGACUGAGAGAAGCAUAUGGAAAAGAUUGGAAAAUUGCAGCAAGAAAUGUUGUUGCUGCAAUUUGGGAUGUUCAUGGCUACAUUCUUCAUGGAUAUGAAGUUGUUGGAAUGGAAAAAAUUCCAAUGGAUGAGCCAGUUUUAUUUAUAUAUUAUCAUGGUGCAGUACCAAUUGAUUUAUACUAUUUCGUUUCAAAAAUGGUAUUAGUCAACUCAAAAAUAGUACACAGUGUUGUUGAUAGAUUUCUAUUAAAAGUACCAGGUUUUUCAAUAAUAUGUCAUGUCAUGAAAUUGAUACCAGGAACAAUACAAACAUGCUCAUCAAUAUUGAAAGAUGGUAACAUGCUUGCAAUAUCACCUGGUGGUGUUUAUGAGGCACAAUUUGGUGACUCAUAUUAUCAAUUGUUAUGGAAAAAUCGUUUGGGUUUUGCUAAAGUUGCAGUUGAUGCAAAAGUUAAAAUAGUACCAUUAUUUACUCAAAAUUUACGUGAAGCAUUUAGAACAGUCAGUUGGGGUAGACGUUUUUGGCUUAGAAUAUAUGCUGCAACGAAAUUUCCAUUUGCACCAAUUUAUGGUGGCUUUCCAGUUAAAUUAAAAACUUAUGUUGGGGAUCCAAUAUCGUUUGAUGACAGCUUGACACCAGAAGAAGUGAAGGACAAAGUUGCUCUUGCACUGGAAGAAUUAAUAAAUAAAUAUCAGAAAAAACCUGGUAGCAUAACAAGAGCUCUUCUUGAAAGGAUUUAUGAUCCAUCAUCAUCAUCAAGCUAUGAUAAAACAAAAUAAUUAUUUUUUAAUUAAAAAAAAAAUUUUUUUCAACAACAAAAGAGAGUUCCAUUUGAAUAGACAAUUUUUUAAACAAAAAAGAGAGAAUUCAAUUUGAAUUAGUACUUCCUGAUGAUGAAAAAAAAAUUAUUUAUUUUUUUUUCAUCAUCAAUUCCAUGCUGGGUAAUUAUUUUUAAAUGAUACUCCAUUUUUUUUUUUUUUUUCUUGGAUACAUUCCUCAAUGAGUGACAUUGUAGAAAAAAAAAUGAAUAUAUUUCCAAUUUUUAAAUAAGACUCAUAGUAAUUAAAAGAAAAAAAAAAGAACAAAUCAUGUACUUUAAAAGUUGGUUGUGCAAUUAACUUAACAGGUAGAUAAAUUAUUUAAUUUUAAUUACUAAAAGAAAAAGUAAAAAAAAGUAUCAGUUUAAAAAAUAUAUAAUUUGCUCAUUUAGAAUUUAAAGAUUUUUUCAUUAUCUAAUUUUUAUUUAAAAUAAAAUUUAUAUAUAUCUAUUGAUCUGAAUAUAAUAAAAAUGUCUUUUUUUAUCUGUUGAUAAAUUAUUAUUAAUUAAUAAAUUGUAAAUUAAAAAAACGAAAAAC